GCAGUAGUUGUUGGCGACACUAACAAAACACGAUCGUGUCACGUGGCGUUGAUAAACACAAGAAGCGCGCGCACUCACGAAGUGAUAAGCUUGUCAAGUCAGGCUUUUUAGUGAAAGAGCGUUGUUGUUUUAUAAAGUUUUUGUUUACUGCUUGCACUUAAAAAUUAUUUGUGUAUAUUACUGUGUUCAGUGAUAAAAUGUGCAGUGAAUCUAUCGUGUGGUUACUGUUUCGGGACACGAAGAAUCGGUAUGUUUACAUCUUCUCCCAGUCAAUGAAUCAACUGUUGGAAGCUUAGAGGUUGGCGUAUUGAAUAACGACAGCACACCAAGGAGGAUUUGAAAAUAUCACCAGCAUGUCUGCCUCCGUCUCAGACAUGGACGAGACAGUGUUGUUUCCUCUUACGCCGGGCGCCGAGGACCACAAACAGCAUUUCCAGCCGUCAGUGACGUCACCACAGGUUGACCCCGGGGGGGGCGGUGACGGGGGAAGCGAUGUAGACAUAACGCUAACCCAAGCUGCCAGUAGGCUGUUGGACAGCGCUUCGAAAAUCGUGGGUUUGACACGCAGUAGGGAGUUACGGACGAGUACUCCUAAGAGAAAGAGGGGGCCCGAGGGAGAUGGAGAGAGUGGCGGAGGUGUGUCGUCAAGUUCCGACGAUCGCCCCGACUGGCAAGAGAGCACUACCGUUAGAGCAAAGCGUUACCGUAAACGAGAAAUGAGAAAUCAGAGAAGAAAACUAUUGAAAGACAUGUCGCAGCUACUGAAAGCGAUGGCAAAGGAAGAGGAGGAGUUGUCCUCCAGCUCAGAUGAGCACCCUGACUGGAUCGAAAGCCCCUUUGAAAGGCGCCGGCAGCCUUUCAAAAUAGGAAAACAACAGUCGAAAGAUAAGAAACCAGUGCAACCUGCUGUGGCUGCGAAAUUGAAGACUGCUGAAAACACCAAGAAAACCGCUGUACACAAGAAUGUGCCAGAGUUUGACAAUUAUUUAGGCGAUAAUUUAUUUCUUGACGCGACUCCCGGUAACAUACCGCGCAAGGACGCUUACACUGCCGAGGACAAGGGAGAAACCGUACAAAAAGCUAAUAGUCCAAUGUCAGCUCACGAAACAACACUCAGCGAGGAGGAAGCUAUUCAGCAAAUGCUCGACGCUGCUACACUAGAGAAUGACGUUUCGUAUUCAGCGACAUGUACCUACCAAACCCAGCGGUCAACGAAACCCGUAAACAGUCUUUCGUCUGAGAAAGUGAAAUCUGUCACGAUAGUGGACGAGACCUUAUCGAGUGGGGAUGACAUCGCACAGGACUUGAUGAAUGUUGCCAGAGUACAUGAGGCAGUAGGCAAUGAAAUUUCCAGAUCGCGGAAAGAUGUAAGUCAGAGUCCUAACGAUGCUACCACUGAUGCAGAAUUCGUCUCACAUCAUCUCAGACACGAUGUUACUUUAAGCGAGGAAGAAGCAAUAUACGAGCUGCUCAAUCACACUGUGGUGGAAGAAGACCAGGAGGAAGAUCUGGGAGAGGAACUGAUUAACAGAACGGUACAAUCAAUACAAUCCCCAGUGAAAGCAGAAUCAUCUAGCAGGGAUAGCACUGCAACAGAACUUCAGAAGCCUGGGACUGCAGGAGGAUUUGCUAAAACGUGCGAGAACUUACGGAAAGAGGACUUAAAGACAGUUGACGUGUCUUCCCCAUCUUUGUUAACAAAUUGGGGUCGAGAGGCAGCUGCAAGUGGGAUGCAAUUGCUCCACAGUCAUGAUCACCAUUUGGACAUGAAUAAUGCCGAGGAACGUAAUAAGGACAGUGGAAUUAUGAAAGUAGAGCAAAGAAGCCACGAGGAGGAGGUGGGGGUUAAAAUGCCGAAAUCACUUCGAGAAAAUGCGCCCUCGUCGUCGUUGUUAGAGUGCUGUGAAGAAGAGGCAGUAACUCGCGAGGAACAACUAGUUGAUAAUCAGAAACGUGCUGAACUAUGCACCGACGAAACAGUGUACAUGGCAACUACUAGCACCAAUUCAGAGUUAAAAAAUAACGAUGUGGAUACGAAUUCCAAAUCGUCAAACAAUACUGCUGUGUCGGCCUCCAGUUCCUCUUCUUAUGAAGAGUUACGUGCCUAUAUGGCUAGAAUAAGGCGAAACCAGUCUGUGCAACCCUGUCUCGAGAAAAUCUCCCCGCACCAUACUGUGUCAUCGCUUGGCAACAUCGAUCACAUGGAGUGUAGCGAUAAACAGACCGACCCUGCGGGACGUGUUGAAGUGCAGGAAUGUAAUACGUCGCCUCCAAAGGAUGUGGCCCAGAAGGAUUCCGGGGAGAAAGAUUCAUUAGGGGUUCAGGUGGCAGUUCCAGAAGACAAACACUUUGUAAGUACAUACCUCGAUGCCAAGAAGAAACGGAACAAAGCGGAUAGUCCAUCAUUCCCCGGCCAGAAGAAAACAAAUAAGGACGAGAAACGUUGUACUUCCCAGACGACUUUAUCUCAGUGGUUCAAGGACCAGAAGGAUGGUGGUAGUAGCAAACAGCCAGCGAAGACAGAACAGCACUCGAAGCCUGUCGAAGUGGUUCAGCUGUCAUCACCUGAAGACGAAUCAGUUCGUCUUGGCCCAUCGAGCACAAGGAAAGAUUCACCGGAGCCUGUCCACUUUGAUGUUCCUUUGGUCAAGAAGGUACUCCAAUACGACGACAAGCCUUAUGAACGAAAGGAAACUGUACCAGAAGCGCGGGUGGAGACGCAGUUAUCUUUCUGGUUCGGUGGCGUCAACGUCUUCUUCCCCUGCAAGCCAUACAAACCGCAGAGGGCGAUUAUGUCGACAGUGGCGCAGAGCUGUCGGCUGGGCCAGUUUGCGCUGCUGGAGAGCCCCACUGGUACCGGGAAGACGCUGGCGUUGCUCUGUGCAGCCCUCGCCUGGCAGAAAGCUGAGAAAGCCGCCAUCGCCCAGCGUCUGGCAGCGGAAGUGUCAGAGUUUGAUCGCCAGAAAGAGUUCAGGCGGCAAGCCGCUGCCAACGCCGCAGCUGGCCACGGUGCAGCACUUUUUGGCCAAGGAGGCAUUUUUGAUAUUCAGCUUCAGAAUCAACAACCCAGCGUGCAGGGUGAGCCUGGUCCAAGGUUUACACUUCAGGUAGAUGCCGGAGAAGAAAAUGGCAGAGAGGAAAUACCCCCAUGGGAGCUCGAUGCUCUGCAGCAGGAACAACUGCAGUCUUUCAGGUCUAGCAUCAAGUGCCCCAAAAUAUUCUAUGGAACCAGAACACACAUGCAAAUAAAACAUGUCGUUUCUGAGCUGCGUAAAACAGCAUAUAGGGAUGUGAGGAUGUGUGUCCUGGCUAGUCGUGAACAGUUUUGCAUUCAUGAAGCAGCUGAUGAUAAACAAUUCCUAAGCAAAACUGAACUCUGUCGCCAACUGCUAGAAGAGGAAACAGUGAAGGUUAAUGGUGCUAUGGGUACUGGCUGUUCUUAUUGUGACAAUGUAGGCAUAAUAAAGACGCAUGAUAAUCUCAGCCGUCUAGGUUGCCCAACACCAAUGGAUAUAGAAGAUCUUGUUGAUAUAGGGCGCAAAAAAAAUGCUUGCCCUUAUUUUGCAUCACGUUCCUUAAUCACUACAGCAGACCUUAUUAUCUGCCCAUAUAACUAUCUGCUUGAGCCCGCUGUAAGAGAUUCAAUGCAGCUAAAUCUGAAAGGAGAAAUAGUAAUCCUAGAUGAAGCUCAUAAUAUAGAAGAUAUAACAAGGGAAGCCGGAAGUGCAUCUUUCAAUAUGCUGUCUGUUAUAAAGGCCAAGAAAGACUGUUCUACAUGUGCUGUAAACAAUCCACUUUAUACUCCACUGGCAGAAUUUUUAAACAGCUUCCAUACCUGGUUCACAUCACAGACAAUGGCUCAAAGAGAUGAUGCGGGGAAGGAGACCCUAAUUCUUCCGGGAGCAAAAGCUAUUGCUAGUCUGGGCCUGCAUAAAAUAGAUGAGCAGAGAAUUGUGCAACUUAAGAAUCAGCUCGGUGACAUAGUAGAAGAAAUAAAACAAAGGAGAGAAGAAAGGAAAGAGAGGAGACAGAGAAACAACAAAAAAAUUCCAAUAUCAUUUUCUCCAAACACUCGUCAGUUGCUUGAAAGUGUUGUUCGUGUUCUUCAGUUUGUAUAUGGUGAAAAUCUUAAGCAUUUGGAGGAUUAUGAUUUUGUCCUGACAAGAGAUAAGCACCAAAGAAUGCCAAAGGGUCUGAAUGAAGCUGACUUGCGUGCUGGAUCACUGUGGCAGUGCAAUUUGGAUAUUUGGUGCCAUAAUUCAGCUGUUGUCUUCAGUGAACUUAGUUCUGUUGUGCGCUCCUUGUUACUAUCUUCAGGGACAUUGUCGCCAAUGCAUUCCUUCUCAUCAGAGCUGGGAGUCAGUUUCACAAAUUCUCUACGUGGUCAGCAUAUUGUUGACAGUUCCCAGGUGUUUGUUAGGUCUGUUUCAAAAGGACCAAGAGGCAACCUUCUGAGCUCAGAGUACAAACAUGCUAGGAAUUUGAACUACCAAGAUGAUCUGGGAGAGCUGCUGUUGGGCAUCUGCCAGAUUGUUCCACAAGGAGUUCUUUGCUUCUUCUCUUCUUACAGGUUCAUGGAACUAAUUACCACAAGAUGGCAGCAGACUGGCCUCUGGGAGAAAAUUUCACAGUAUAAAAGAGUCUUCUUAGAGCCACGAACUUCUGCUGAAUUGGAACCAGUGAUAACUGAGUAUUAUGAAUGUACAGCAGCAGGUGCACUGAUGAUGGCGAUUAUGCGUGGUAAGAUAUCAGAGGGAUUUGACUUUGCUGAUGGUAGAGCUCGUGCCGUAGUUGUGGUUGGUAUUCCAUACCCCAGUGUGAAGGACCCACAAGUCACUUUGAAGCAGAAGUACAAUAACCUGCACCCACAACUGCAGAAUGGACGACAGUGGUACACUACACAAGCAUACAGGGCACUCAAUCAGGCUCUAGGAAGAUGUAUAAGGCAUAUUGGUGACUGGGGAGCUAUGAUUCUAGCAGAUCAUCGAUUUGAAAAAGAAAAGGACCAUGCUCGCAUUUCUCAGUGGCUUUUGGAACAGCUUGGCCACUACCACAGCUCCAGAGAUCUACUGGAAAAUCUUCACUCUUUCAUAAAGAUGCGAAUAUCUGUUCAGUGAAAAAAAGGAAAGCAGUUUUUCCUACAUGAGAAGCAAUGCUUGUGAUGUGUAGCAUGGAGACAACAUUGUUGCAGCAAUCUUUUCAGUCUUUCAUUGUGAAAGUUUUGUAAACAAAAGAGAGCUAGUCACUUGUUUCAUAUGUGCAUAGCAAGAUUAUGUUCAAGCUUAUUCAGAACACACGAAAGUGUAUAAAACAAGAUAAUUUUUAUGGUUUUAAAGACAGUUUUAUUCAUGACCGUAUUUCUGUUUAUAACUGUAUCAUCAAGUGAAACAUUUGUUUUAUCAAUUGUUUUUACUGACACUAUUUAAUUUUUAAACCAGAGCACUUCUCUGAACACAGAAUCAGUGAAUAAUAAUUGUAGUGUAUAAUAGGUUCCCCAUUUUCAGUGCUUUUUUAAAGAUAUUACCUUAUAAGGAUCUUAGAGCAAUUUUUUUAAUAGAGCAAUUUUUUUAAUACUAAGUGUUGUCAUAUGACUGCAGUAUGGUAACUACAUCAGAUCUACUGUUAUUAAAUAAUGAAAUAAUGGUUUUUUCAAUCUGUUGCUUGCUAUAAAAUCUAUAAACUAUGUUAAUGACAGAUAAAUGUCAGUAUGCAGAACUGCAAUAAAAAUUUCUUAAAUUACUUGAACCCUUGAGUUCUCCAAGACCACACACUUAUUCUGUGCAAAAGGUAUACAGGCAAAAAUAACAUACAAGGUGCCAAAAUGACACAAAUAUAAAUCAUACAAUUACAGGAGAUAUAAUGUACAGUGGAGCAUAGGAAGAGACGAUACUGUUCCUGUUACGUUAAUGAAAAUACUUUGAGGUUAAGUUGUCACGUAAGGUCAGAAUACAGUCUUUAAAUGUUAACAAAGACUGAAUGUACAAGCUCACUAAUAAGCUGAACAGCGCACAGUUUUUUUAUUCUGAAACUUCAGAAUAUGUUGUCAAUCUUUGUCCAUUGCCAAUUAUUUCGUGACUAUGUCUACUGUACUUGUCAUCAAUGUAGCUUGCGAUUUUCAUGUACAGUUUUUUGGCUGUAUUUUUUAGUAUUUUUUAGAGAUUUUACAUUGUUGUAAAUGCGUAUUUUUAUAAGAAGAUAUUAUAUUUUUGUAUUUAUGCAACAUAUGUAUAAAAUGUGAUACUAUAUACAGAAGUGAUUUAUGAAGAAUUGAUAAACAGAAAAUGGUAAUACUAAAAUGUC